CACCCAUCAACGCUUACAAUGGCGGCAACGCGCUCCGCCGCCCUCAAAGUUGACUGGGCCAACCUCGGCCAGAAGCUCGGUCUCCGUGGCAGCACCGCCCAAGCCCUCGCCAGCUUCAAAAAGCGUAACGACGACGCGCGCCGCAAAGUCCAGGUCCUCUCCGACCAACCCCAACAAGUCGACUUCGCCCACUACCGCUCCGUCCUCAAGAACCAGUCCGUCAUCGACGACAUCGAGAAGCAGUUCAAGGGCUUCCAGGUGAAGAAGUAUGAUGUAAACAGACAGAUCAAGGCCAUUGAGGCCUUUGAGGCGCAGGCUGUGCAGAGCGCCGAGGCGACCAAGGGCAAGGUCGAUGCGGAGUUGGAGGACUUGGAGAAGACCUUGAAGAACAUUGAGACGGCUAGGCCAUUCGAGGAUCUCACUGUGGAUGACGUGGUUGCCGCGCGUCCAGAGAUUGAUGACCGUGUCUCGCAGCUUGUGCAGAAGGGCCGCUGGCAAGUACCUGGUUACAAGGAGAAGUUCGGCGACUUGUCCGUGCUAUAAGUGGACGGUUCAUUGUGCAAUUAGAGAACAGCGUUUGUAUAUAUGCAUUGUCCUGCUACUGUCCCUUCCUUUAUCGUCCCUUUAGCAACCGUAACCGCGUUGGGAGCAGCAUCGUCGAGAUCUUAAUACUCUGCACCGGACGGAUGCGCAACGAUGAUGCGCUGACCCUCCAGC